AUGCCCUGGCCUUGUGUGAAGUACAAGCCUUUAGUACUGAGGGUGGAUGAUGGGGUAUCCUUUGACGCUGCGAGGGAAAGGUGCCAGCAGUCUUCCCCCGCCAACUCCUCUGACCUGGCGCACGGCAUGGGAGAGGUCACCCACUCCUACCUCACCUCAGAGCUGGCCACCCGCGCCGCUGACCUCAAGGCUGACCUGGUGUGGGUAGGAGUGAGGAAAGAUCCAGAAUUUGUGUCAAGAACGUGGCGCUGGGUUGACGGCACAGUAGUCGACACUCCGAGGUGGGGGAGAGCGCAGCCGAACAAUUACAACGGAAAGCAGAAUUGUGUUGCACUCGAUAAAGGCAGAAAAUGGCUCUGGAAUGAUGUAGGCUGUGAACUGGACUACCUUCCCUACGUCUGCCAGUAUGUGCCCAGCCACAUGUCACGGCUGUCUCUGAUCUUCCUGUCUUCCUCACAACCCACCGAGCGCCUCUCAAACAAGGGCCGUCACAACGCUUCUCCUCGUUAA